GUGUUAUCAAUAUAUGUAUGAUUUGCCGUAUAAAAUUAAAAUUGUUUUUAAACUUUUAAAUAUUUUUAAUAAUCAAUAUUUAUUCUGUUAUUGAUGUUUACCAUACUCUGAUCGUUGAUUGCAAUCUCAAUUCGUUGAUUAUUAACUUAAUAGUUUCGUGAAAAUCGAAAACGUAUUUAAAUCUUCGCAAUGGCUAUUCACAGGAAAGAUUUUAUGCUUUUAUUAAAACCUUACUACUGGGUUAACAUUAUUCUUACUUUUUCGUAUGUUUUUUGUAAAAAAACAAACUUUAUAUGUCAAUACAUUUUUGCACCAACUGAGAAAACUUGCGAAUUAGAUGUUAAAGAAUUAGAAAUAUUACUUUUUCUGAUGAUUGUUGUUAUGAUACGUACAAGAAAAGCUGGUAGUGUUACUAUGUUAGCUUAUUUGUCAUCCAGUUUCUUGUAUACGAAAGGUGCAAAUUUGUUAUUAUGGUUCUAUGCAGAUGUUCGUUUUGGAUUAUUAUUCACCGCUCUUGUUAUUGUUAUAAGCUUAUUGAUACCAGAACCAACAUAUUCAGGCCCAGAAAAUGUGUUGUACUUUAGAUCAUUAGCAACACUGGAAGAAGCUUUAAAAGAAAACAAGCAGCACACAGUAUGGCUUGUGUGUUUUUAUACUGUUUGGAAUCCUAUGUGUUCUAACUUUGCUCCUAUAUUUUCACAAUUAUCUGUCGAAUAUGAAACAAAAUAUCUUAAAUUUGGUAAAAUAGAUGUAAGCCGAUAUCCUGAUGCUGCUAAGAAGUAUAAUAUUAGUGAUGCAUCUUUAAGUCGACAGUUACCAACUGUAAUUAUGUUUCAAAAUGGAGUUGAAGUAUUUAGAAGACCAACAUAUGACAGCAAAGGAAAAGUUUAUAAGUUUUUUUUCACAGAACCUAAUUUCAAAGCAGCUUUUGAUUUGAACAAUGUGUAUAAUCAAUGCAAAUUGUCAGAAAAGAAAAGAAAUUGUGAUCAAGGAGAAAAAUCUAAAACACAAAAAAAAGAUAAGAAUGCGUAAAUCACUUUUUGGAGAGAAAGGAAUUCUAAAAUAUUAGUUUUUUGUGUUUGUGUUAUGGUUUUAUUAUCAGUAUUGUAUGGAUGACACUAAUGUUAAUCUAAGAUAUGUGAAUGAACACAUUUUUUUUCAACUACACUUUUUAUAUGUAAAAGUUAUGUAUUGAAUGUUGUGAGCUGUAAUUUUUGAAGCAUUUUUUUAAUGCAGUCUAAAUCUGUAUAAAUAGAUAGCCUGCAAAUUAGAAUUAUUGUUGUCAGGGUUAAAAUAAUAUUCGCCUACUUAUUAGUCAUAAGCAGGGCUCAUAAUUUUUAGCACUUACAUAUUUUUUUUGAGAGGUCCUAGAAAUACCUAUGUGAGUUAUAGAUUUGUUUUAGAUAACUAAGAAGUUUUUUUUUCUUGAAAAAAGACUUAAAAAAAGCAAAAUAGCACUUAUACUUUGAA